ACUAGGUUUCUAAUAACCGAAUUGAAGGCAAUCUGGGGGAUGCAAAAUGUAGAAGAGAUGCUGUAGGAGAGAAAGAAGAGGCCGAGGAUGGGCUCUGGCCAUGGCAGCUUUCGUGCGGGGGGUGGGACAUUUCCAUGGAUUCUGGGAGCCCAGGCUCUGUGGGCGGGUAUUGGGGUGACCAUCCCUCUCCUCGCCAUAACUAUUUGCAUCUGGGGCUGGGCUGCUUUGGUGUCUCUGCCUUCUUGUGACAAUUUGCAUCUACAAAUUUACAUAGCCGUGAAGGAGCUUUCCGAGAAAACAGGGCCCGCCCACCUCCCCGCCGUAUUCCGUCUUUGUUGUUCCAAGUCACCUGCGGUGAGCCUGCGCCUGGAGGUGUGGGCCUUGGAGCCAAGGCUGCAGAAUAGGCUCCAACCCCUGGACCAGCGCGUACCCCUGGACGGUGCCGAGCAGAGGCGUCCCUCGCAGAAGGACCGCUCUGACGGGUCUGAACUGCUUAUCAGCCUCGAGUCUCUGCUCGGACAAAGGAUGCACCCCCCCUACCACGGCUAUGCGACCAAAAGCAAGGCGGCAGAUGGAAGAAGAGCUGCAAAGAUAGCAGCCGAUGGAGGAGCACGGAAAGGAACAUCUCCCAAAGAAUGAAAUUGCCUGGACCCAGGCUUCUGGCCAGCUGGAUCUCACCACAGCCCUGAAUGCUGAUAUCAUGGGUUUUUUGUUUGUUUGUUUGGAUUUGUGCUUUCUUGGCUCAGUGAUGGAUCCUGGAGAAAUCUGUUCCAAUUUCUAACGAGCCAUCUCCCCUUCUUACCCUCCACCUCCACUAGUUCAGUGCUUCUACCCAAGCCUUGCAUUUUUCUUUGGAUUUUUCUGCCAUUACCAUGAGUGGUCAGCCCCCAAGGACAUUGCUGCUGCCCUGUCCCUGUUCAUCUGGGCAGGGACUAGGUGCAUUCUCUGAUGAAACCAGACCAGAGAAAAGCUGAGGCAGGGCUCACCCUCUCGGGUGGCACCCUGGGCUAGUGUGAGCCAUGAGGGGUGUAAGCCACUGGGGGUGGUUGACUGGAAAGCAUUGGAAUGCGGAAAGGUGGUCCCUCUGAUAUAUCAGGACACCAUGUUCAGGGCAAAAGGGAAGGAGAAGAGUUCAUCUUCCAUUACUAUGGCAACAACAAGGUGUUGGCUAGAGACUUGGGAACUUCUGGAAGGGUCCCCAUGAUGUCUGUGAAACUAGAUUUUCCAUCCACACACUCAUCCAGGUGCAUCCACUUGUCUUUCCCCUGAAGCUUCAAGAUCUGCUCAACCUGGCUGGUCAGAAAUUUGCCCCCAAACACCAUUCCUUGGGGCAUUGGGACUUCUGGGCAUCCCAGCCAGACCUGAAUUCCAGAAUUCUCACCUGCUCCCUGCCACCCACCCACCAGGACACUGAUCUCCAGUCUCUGUCUGCCUUGCAUUUCAACCAUCAGCUUCACAAAUGAUGAUGGUGAUGAUGUUGGCCAGCAUCUCCUGUGCUUUAGCUACGGUCCCCAGUGCUUUAUAAAUUCUAGAUAAUUUUGUCUUCACAACACUAUUAUCAUCCCCAUUGCACAGAUGAACAUAGCAGGGCUUAAGAGAGAUCACAUGAUUUGGCCGAGGUGACACAGCUAGUAAGUCAUACAGAGAUCCUGAAUCCAGAGCUAGAAAAGCCCCCAGAGCCCACAUUCUAGCCGUGACCCUGUAUUGCCUAUUGAUGGCAAGGGAUGGGUUUUUUUCCUUCUUUCUUCUUUUUUUAAAAAAGAUUUUACUGAAUUAUAAUUGAUAUACAAUUAACUGCACAUAUUUAACAAUACAAAUUGAUGAGUUCUGACAUAUGUAUACAGCCAUGGAAUCAUUGCUAUAAUCAAGAUAAUGAAUAUGUCUAUCAAUCCCCGUAGCUUCCUUGAGCUCCUUUGUAAUCCACCCCUCACUCCCCCCUCCAACACAGUUCCUAGGCAACCAAUUGUCUGCUUUCUGUCACUAUAGAUUAAUUUGCAUUUUCUAGAAUUUUAUAUAUGGAAAUAGCAUGUCCUUUUUGGGGGGUCUGACUUCUUUCAGCAUAAUUAUUUUGAGUUGCAUUCAUGUUGCAUGUGUCAAUAGUUCAUUCCUUUUAAUUGCUGAGUAGUGCUCCCUUGUAUAUAUAUACUAAAUUUGUCCAUUCACCUCUUGAUGGAUGUUUGAAUUGCUUCCAGUUUUUGAUGAUUACAAACAAAACUAUUAAGAAC